UGAACUAAUCAUGAAGUGUAGUUUAGUUUCAGCACUUUUGCUUGUGACGUUCUUCGGUUUCACUCGAGGAGCUUCUGAUCCGCCCUUCUUGAAGCUCCACCGAGAACCUCUGCCGAAAACAACGACGAAAGUGCGAUUCGUAGAGCAAGAUUGGAUGGAACAGUUUCUGGAUCAUUUCGAUCCUGCGAACGACACAAAAUGGCGAAUGCGAUAUUUGCAAAAUGGCGAAUUCUACCAAUCUGGCGGUCCGAUCUUUAUCUAUGUGGGCGGCGAAUGGGACGUGUCACCGAUUCGGCUCAAUGAAGGUCACAUGUACGACAUGGCGAAGGAAUUCCGAGGAUUUCUCUUCUACACUGAGCACAGAUUCUACGGCGCCAGUCGACCGACGCCCGAUUUGUCCGUGGAAAGUCUCAGAUUCCUGACAGUCGAUCAGGCGCUCGCAGAUUUGGCGCACUUCAUCCAGAACAAGACUCACACCAUUCCAGACGCCCUCAAUUCCCCAGUCUUCCUCGUCGGGGCUUCUUAUGCCGGAUCCGUCGUCACGUGGUUCAGUCACAAGUAUCCGCAAAUGAUUGCCGGCGCGUGGGCUUCAAGUGCACCUCUUGAGGCCGUGACAGACUUUCAAGCGUAUUACGAAGUCGCUGCGGAAUCCAUCAAGCUAGUUGGCGGUCAGAAGUGCAUUGAUAAGCUGCAGAAGGCUUACGAAGAAAUGGAAAAGCUGUACGACAGUGGAAAUCUGACUUAUUUGUCACAGAAACUGACAACAUGUGAACCAUUGACGGACGAUAGGAAGGAUCGUAUGUACUUCUUCGCCAGAACAACCGAAGACAUUGCGAAUGUUGUGCAAAACGACGCGCCUGAAGGAAUUGAUGAAAUGUGCAAGAUUUUGGAUGCUGAAAAGGAUCCUUUGACGGCAUUUGCCAACUUCCUGAUGCAUGUCAAUCCUUCCUGCAGCUCCAGCAUCUUCGAGAGUGGAUUCCAGUCACUGGCAAACACCCAAUGGUCUCCCUACAAUGACGCCAACAUGCGCCAAUGGGUUUAUCAGUUGUGCAACGAAGUCGCGUGGUUCCAAACCUCCAAUUCCCCCAAUCAACCCUUCAGCAACUUCCCCCUUGAGUACUACACAACAGUUUGCCAGCAUCUCUUCGGCAGUGACUUCACACUGGCUCGCAUUGAGCACAGCGUUUGCGAGCACAAUGCGAAGUUUGGCGGCUUGAAGCCACAAGUGAAGAAUGUCUACUCAACACACGGUCAAUUGGAUCCAUGGAGAGUCGCUGGCGCUCCAGAGAACAUCAAUGCCGACUCACCAACCACGAUCAUCCCUCUGCACAGCCAUUGCAGCGAUCUUGAGUCCAUCAGCGACCAAGAUCACCCAUCAUUGAGCGCCGCCAAGGAGAGGAUCAGAAGUUUCAUCAAGAAUUGGGGCGAUUUGUGAGGAAAACAGAAGCACAAUAAAGACACUUUUUGAAACACAGAAA